UAUGCCCGUUUGACACUCCAUUGUAGACUUUUCCUUAUUUUAUAACAAGUGAAUGUCUUCUGCUUCAUUUAUUGAAAAUGUAUAUGAAUUAGUGGUUGAAAGGUCCUUUUUGUUGAAAAUGUGUAUUAAUUUGUGGUUGACAGGGCCUUUUUUGUAUUAUUCCUCCUCUAAGUUAUAAUAAUUUCACAACAUUGUGAAAUUAGUGUAUGGGAACUGAAUGUGUAGAUGGAGAUGGGUUUGUAGUAAUUAAUCAAUGAUAGUUAAGGUUGCUUACAAUCGGGUUGUGUCAUGUUGGGUUAGUAUUAGGUCAUUAAAAUCGAAAGUAUUUAUGAAUUGACAAUAAACUGAUCCAAGUUAAUCGGCCUAACCCAAAUUUGACAUGCCUAACCACAAUUCAUGGUCAAUUCCACACAAACACUUUGAUCUCUAAAUAUCUACUUUGAUUGCGUCGAUACAACCAAAGGCAAUAUUUGGUCAAUAUCUACUUUGAUCUCUAGACCCUACUGUUUAAUAAAAAUUUAUUCAAUAUUUGAAGUAAUACUACUAGUUUUUCAAUCCAUAACUCAAUUUGUAGCUAUAAAUGAGAUGACAGGUCAUGUUUUGAAAAACUAGGUGUGGGAUCAUUAUGAAUGAUUAAGCAAUUUAUAUACAUUUCUUUUUGAAUAGUUAUUUUUUAAUGAUGAUAUUUUUCACUAAAUAUUUAAUGUACUGCCAUUGAUUUGUCAAGUGUCAAAUGAGCUGGGAAUCCUGGAAUCAUUUGUCAUGUUCAAACCCAGCUCGUUCCGUGGGAGACACUGUUUUGUUACAAAAUAAUAGCAAUAUAUUGUUUUGUUACCAACUAUACACUGUUUUCUUACCAAAUAAUUGUGAUGAAUUAGUUUUGGAUUUUGAGCACUAAUAUUUUAUCUUCUGAAUACAAAUAUAUAUUACUAACUAAUUGUGGGAAAUUAGUUUUUGCUUUCUCUUCUUUGGUUCAUCUUAGAAAUGUCAUCGUCCUCAUCCAUGUCUUCUUCAUCUUUUGCUAAACGUACCACGGGGCAACCAUUGUGCUGCUGUGGGGUGAAAGCCACACUGAAAUUUUCAACUACAGCAAAAAAUCCUGGCCGGCCAUUCUUAGGGUGUCCAAAGUACAACACAGAGGGAUUACCCUUCUGCAAGUUUUUCCAGUGGGCAGAUCAUCACCAAGUGACUGAGCUCCAGCUUCAAGAAAGAAUCAAUGACCUGUUACAGAGGGAGAAAGAUCUCUCAAAAAUAGUCGACCUCCUCGAAAAAAGGGAGAAUGACCUGCGUAGAAUGGUGGAUCACCUUGAGAAGGAGUUGCUGCGGCAGACACAAGAACCUGAUAUGAAGAGGGAGCACAAACUGGGAAAACAUUUAUGUGGGAUUGCAUUAGUGGUACUUUUAAUUUGUAUUGGACGAUGGCUCUUGUAUUAACAUGUAUGGGAACUGAAUACUGUUAUUGUUGUAUGUUUAGAAUUCUGUUAUAAACUGAUUACUUAAUGCUGUUUUAAUGUAUGGGAACUGAAUUCUGUUAUUGA